AUGUUGGCCAUCAGCUCGCAUACAUAUGGCGCGCUUCUGCUGCUCCUACUGACUGGCUUCUUGACCACCUAUCAACACUCAAUUGAGCUGGGUCAUUCUGAAACCAACUAUAUCCGAAAUAUAAUAGAGUAUGCUCACAAGGAGAGACCCAUAGAGACUCUUGUGUAUAUGAACCGUCGACAGGACCUCAUCUGCCAUUCGAGAGAAAUCAAAUCAUCUGGCUUGGCCACUCUGCGUAUAGAUGAGAAGUCCAUGAUCAGUGUAAAAGAACUCUACAAUAGCGAGGCUCUUGCUCUGGUCUGCAUAUCCGAGUUGGCUGAUGCCCUGCUCUUGCCCACCCUGGCCCAGAACCUUGAUCGGAUGAGAGAGACGCGCAUCAUAAUUCUAUUGAAUACUAUGUCAUCCAAUCUUCAAGAGUUUCUCCGUGUAAUCGGUGAGCUGGCAGACAAUUAUAGCUUCGUCAACGUCAUCGUUCUGCACUCUACAUCCGAUGACAAAGAUCCGAUUGUCCCGUAUCGUCUGCUGCCGUUUCCAAGUCCAACUUUUUCCCGUGUUAGGGAUGUAUAUGAUGGAUACAUAUUUCCCAAUACUUGGCUUAACUUUAAUAACAAAACAGCAACUUACUUACCAGAUCUGAUCUCCCCACGGAGUCUGUUGGCAACAAAUCCUCGCACUGGCGAGCAGACGCUAAGCGGCUCUUCUGACAGCUUUACCAUGGAGUUCGCAAGGAGAAGGAACAUUAACUUGCAGUUCCUGAUACCUCUGAGUGAAAUGUGGAAUAUUGACUUUGGCAAUGUUUCCGAGUUAACGAAACAAGGCCUCAUUGACUUGCCAACACGACCAUUUGUGCAGAAACUUAAUACAUUGCCUUCAAAUCUAGAAUACGAUAGAUUGAGUGAUGUGAAUGUUUUUAUUUUAGUUCCCUGUGCGAAGCAAAUGAAAAUCGGUGAUGUAUUCAAAGGCUUGAGGACCUACUUCAUGAUAGUGUUGGCUGCCUAUGCUCUGUUUGCAGUUCUUGAAGCAUUGACUGCAGCUGCAACUUAUCGCAUCACUCGAAUACAACAUUUCCGGUUCUUGGAUCUUAUUCUGAACCUGCACACGUUUUCUGGGGUUUUGGGAAUAUCAAUGCCGUCGAGAAGGUUCACCUCGAUUUCACUGCGGCAAAUCGUCAUUAUCACGACUGUUUUUAGUUUAGUUUUCACCACGUUCUUUAAUGCCAACUUGAGCACAUUGCUGACAAAGCAUCCUUAUUAUAAGGAGAUUGAGAGCUAUCAGGAAUUGCGGGAUAGUGGGAUGCCUAUUAUGAUCGAUAGAAGUUUUGAGAAAUUCAUCAAUAUGUCAAAAGCCGAACGCGCAAACAUUUCAAAUCGAGCCAUGCAUACCUAG